UUUAUUUAAACGCCCGACCGGAACGGGAAGCGUGCGAUCUGAUUGGCUCGCCGCUCUCCGCUCCCCAUUCAAGCUCGGGGCUGCUGCGGUGGUCGCCAUUGGUCCGCGAGGCGUGUCAAUCAAAUGGUGCGAAGCAAGGUGGGCGGGAUUUACGCAACGGCAGCCGGGAGGAGACAAUGGUUUUGGGGUCGCUCACGCAUCGGUUGUGGGUCUCCGCAGGAUACUAUGGCGACUUUCAUUCUACUGGAGAACAGACUGGAGCCGAAGACAUGGCCGAAAUGUUAGAAUUUUACUUAUACAAUUAUCUGUCGUUGAAUUAGCGAAGUAGCGUUCGUGGCUAUUUCCGGGUUCGAGUGUCAAAGCGCGCGUGCGCCCCUCCGAAUUUUUUUUUGGGGGGGUGGCAAAUCCAGGCAUUCCCCCCUCCCCUUGGAUCUCUAUGGAACAAGUUUGUUUUAAUUUGUGUCAAAGACUUAAGAUGAAGCAUAUGAACAUCAGUAGCGUUUUCGUCCCGUCACUCCCCACGUCACGGGCGGUCGCGUAGACGUCGCCGCGUGGCCCUGCGUUGUUUGGGGGGGGCGGGUUGACUGGGGGGGGGAGGAAUUUCCACAAUGAAGCCCGUGUCGGAGCGCCGGGUCUUUGUGCUGUGAGCACGGACCGAGCGCGUUAUUAUUGUCAACGACCGACCCAAAAUGGUCCAGGUUGAGAUUUGGAGCCGCGUUUCGGUGUGAAUCCAACGAUGCGCGAGUACAAAGUGGUGGUCCUGGGCAGUGGCGGGGUCGGCAAGUCCGCCCUCACGGUCCAGUUCGUCACCGGGACGUUCAUUGAGAAGUACGACCCCACCAUAGAGGACUUCUACCGCAAGGAGAUCGAGGUGGACUCGUCGCCGUCGGUCCUGGAGAUCCUCGACACCGCCGGGACGGAGCAGUUCGCCUCCAUGCGGGACCUGUACAUCAAGAACGGACAGGGCUUCAUCCUGGUCUACAGCUUGGUCAACCAGCAAAGCUUCCAGGACAUCAAGCCCAUGCGAGACCAGAUCAUAAGAGUCAAAAGGUACGAGAAGGUCCCCGUCAUCCUGGUGGGCAACAAGGUGGACCUGGAGAGCGAGCGGGAGGUGUCGUCCAGCGAGGGCCAGGCGCUGGCCGAGGAGUGGGGCUGCCCCUUCAUGGAGACGUCGGCCAAAAGCAAAACCAUGGUGGACGAACUGUUUGCCGAGAUCGUGCGGCAGAUGGACUACGCCGCCCAGCCCGACAAGGACGACCCCUGCUGCUCGUCCUGCAAUAUACAAUAGCCGUCCGGGCCGGGGGGUUGGAGGUCAUGGCGGCGACGCACAGAUACACACUUGGCACGGCUCUCAUACACACACACACGCACACACGGAUAUUCGAUCCAACACGAUGGAUUUUAACUCUAAUAUCAAAAGUGAGAUUAUUCACGAUGUGAUAGGAUUUUGAGAACUUUAAAAAAAAAAAAUAUACCCUCGCCUUAUGUUGCUGUCCACCUUUGUAGUCAUUCAUCAUCAGCAAAGAAUUACACCGUGGGACCUUCUUUUUUUUUUUUUUUUUUUUUUUUUCAUUUUUUUAAGAAUAAUCUUAAAAUUUACUUUCAUGGUGCAUUUACUGUGACGGCAAAACAACACUAACCGAUAACCGGGGUAUCCCUUUGCUUCGAAUAUGAGCAAAGCUUUAGAUGUAUGUACAUUUUGUGCGGUGCUUUUUUGGGAGUUUUUUUUUUUUCUACUCAUCGCAGGGCUGAACCAAAGAAGUGACCUGAAGGCAUUUGAUGUAUUUUUUUUUCCCUAACAUUUUCAAACGAGGGAAAAAAAAGUCUUGUUUUGACACAGUAAAGGUGAACAGCAUUAUCCUCCACUAUUUUUUUUCCAUUUUUUUUUUUAAAUUGUCAUUGUCUGAAAUUGAAGUCUUAGUAAAAUUACGACUGUCAGUGUUCGGGUAUCUCAACUAGGGAUAAUCAAUGAAUUAAUCAUUCAGAAUUAUGUCUGUGAAGCGAUUGAGGCUAAACGUAGAGCACUACAUAAAUAGAAACCAGCGUAGAUGCUGGUUUCUAGUUAUGUUAUAUCUUAGUAUAGUUAUAUCUAGUUGCUGGUUGCGUAGAUCCACUCUCAACUAGUUUUCUGUUUAGAGAAGAACACGAUGGCCAAGAUUCACGCAGACCUCCGCUGGGAACCCAAUGGACCUUAUUGAUGGUGGUCUUAAGCUCCGCCCCCUUAGCCAUGUCCCACAACCUUACAAAAUGGGGAUUGAACAGAACAUGUUUGAAGUCGAUUAUCGCAUAUUCCAGAUAAUAUUGCGGUAUGUUUUUUUGCCAAAUGCGUCAGACUUGUCCAAGAGAGUUCUACAGAGAGGUCUCAACUAUUUCACGCAAGGAUAUGUACACGAAUUAAGAUUUUGCACGGAGUGGGACGCAAUGUCAGAGUGACAGCGAAACAUUGGGGAUAUGCAAAAAAGUUUGACGCCUCACAAACUUCAUAUUGAAAUCCAACAGGAUCAAAUAGUGGAAUGGUACUGCGCAUGUAACGCAGGGUGAGUACUUUUUACUUGGAAAGAUGACGAGUAAUAUCAUUGUAGUCUUUCGAAGUGAGUGGGUGUAUUCAUUCAACUUGGCUCGUAGUUGUACGUGCGCUCUUCCGCUAGCCGCUAAUCCGUCAUAGACACUUCGCCAACUGUGUUUUAGGCUUUGGAAAAUGAAUCGAGCGGGGCACUUGUAACCUAGCAGGAUAUCUUUCAUCAGAUAUGCACGUUCCCCAAGCGCAUCUGAGGACCAUUUUCUUUGUGACAUUAACUAUUCCAAGCGCACACUACUGACAGCCAGCAUUGGUUGUAGGACAACAUGGCGACAGGGGCGCGCUAAGACAAUGCGCCUAUCUGAUUAGCUAUUAUUGUACGAGUGAUGGACAGGUCGGAAAGGUCCAUUGGGAGUCCAGAACAUCCAGUGCUAAUUUUUUAUUUGAAAAACUGGUUGUGCAAUCAGGAGUUUAGAAAAGUUUGUGCAUUUUUUCCCCUCUUUAUUGAUUCUGGAAAUAGGAGUUCAGAACAUUUACAGAUUAUUUUUCGAGCAUUCACGGAAACCAGUUCAGAACACUCAGUGCUAUUUUUUUGAUAAUUUGGUCGUGGGCAUUCAAUAUUUUUCAAUUAAUUUGUAAAAAAAACAGGAGUGAACAUUCGAUGAUAUGUUUUAUGAUUAAAUGGUUAUGGAAAAAGGAUCCCACAACAUUCAGUGAGGUUGGUUUAAAAAAAAGUUCAGAACAUGCAUCAGUAUUUCCUAUCAAUGGUCAUAAAAAAAAAACAAAGAGUUCAGAGUAGUGCUGUUUUUUUGUAAAUUGGUUGUAAAAAUGAGUUUGGAACAAUCCACGCUAUUUAUUAACAGAACUUCAGAACAGGAAGCGAUAUUUUUCAGAAUGAAUUGCUUUUGGAAACGGGCGUUCAGAACAUUCAGCACAAUAUUUUGCGACGGCUCGGUCGUCAAAAGUCAAGAUGCCAACACCGACGAUCGGACCGAAGAUGACGCUUCGACUAGCUCAAAUGGUAGUGGCGGGGAUUUUAUUUUGAAAAUUCCAGGUGACGUGACUUAUAAAGUGAAUGCAUGGCUAGAAAAAAAAAGGACUCAUUGUUUUUGAAAAUAAUAUAUGGACAAACAAAUACAGGUAUGAAUCCCGGCGCUGUCUCGAUUCUGGAUCUUUGCAAAAUUUUAAUUUACAUCAGGAAGGAGCCUUUUUUUUAAUUCCCUCCUUGUGUAACCCAAGUUAUUUUAUUUUUUUUAUGUGACCACUGACUCUUAAAUAUUCCUCUGAUUCUGUUAACAUUCGACACCCGCGUAAUAAAAGUGUGUUCAACACUUGGAUUGACAGCUUUUUGUGCGAGGGAGUGUUUUAUAGUUGAAUUGUCUUGCGUUAAGAUUUAAAAUGUCACGGGGGGUUGCGCGCUCAACACUUUUGAUGUUGCGCUCAUCUGUCUUGCAUUGCACAGGUGCUUCCUCAUUCCGUCUGGUCUCCUAAUUUCUCCGCUCGACAACACCGGAGGGUGUUUUG